AUACUCUGUAUUCAUACUGCUGUGUACAGAGUUUCAACCUCACUAUUAAUUAAUUGCAUGAGCUCAGAGCCUGUGACAGUGACAUUUAUCUAAUGUGACUGUCCCAUUAACAGGCUGUACUUAGACAAUGUCAUGGCUAUCUUCACAAUACUACUCCUUAUUGUGGCCACUAACUUUCAGGCCAAAGGGGAUGUCCCAGUUUGCAGCCAGGACUUUCUUUUUGCAGUAUCACAGGAAACUGGUGGCGUUGGUCUCUCCUUAAUCUUCGAUAAAAAUCUCCCGUACACUUCGUCCGAAGCUCAAAGUCACCUGCAAGCAACUUUGCAGGGACAAUUCUCUAGCGCAUGUGGAGACAAUUUUUUUCGCUGCAAGGAUCCACUAAUUUUGACAACUCAACACAAUACAUUUAUUCAAUACCUAAUUUUUGUACCGCUCGAAGAUGGCCUGCUGAUAAAGGAGGUCGUGCAAACAGGGCUAUCCGUAAAGCUUGGAAAGGAAUAUUUGUUGAGCACAAGAUCAGGUCAAGAACAGUACAGCUGCAACCCAAUCAAAGCAUUCGAAAUUGCCUAUGAUUACUAUCUAGUAUGUGCAGAUACAACACGAAACUACAUCUCGCUGCAUAGAAUCUUCCUAAACAAGACUGUACUGCAAGAAACUACUCUUUCUUCUGCUCCUAUUGCGAAAUUUCACACUCCUGAUAAGGACAUGCAAACAACACUGUCUAAUCCAAUCUAUGUCAAUGAAGGACUUGUCAUUAAAAUGAUAUUUUUUUCUGUUGGAAACUCAAUGUAUGUAUUCGACAUAGUUGCAUUUGGAGGGGAUGAGUAUGGCAACGUUGGAUACAACUGCACGCAUGUCCGAAGUCUGAAGUAUAUUGGAAACUCACGACUGUUGGCCUAUUGCGACCUUGUGAAUGUAUAUUACAGCAUACAGUAUGAAGAUUGGGACUUCCAGUAUUGGAAUGAAGCAGAUGGCUUGCCUUAUGUCUGUCCUAAUACCAGUAUUGAAUUGAUAGUGUUCACGCCUGCAAACUACUUGCGAUAUAGCAUUAACGAUCUUGUUGGCAACACCAAUCUACUUGGAAAUGGUUUUUCUGACGGUGUAUGUUUUGGAGCUGCAAAAAAACAAACGAUGUAUGCCUACAGUGAUUUAAGAAAUGUGUACAUUAUCAAUAUGGAAACUUUUAGUCAUACACAAGUUCUGAAAACUUCUUGUAGUAGCCCUGGAUGUCUGUCAAUUGACGUCAUCAAUAAUCGAUAUUUGGUGAUUCGUGAAAACAGUGAAACUGAUAAAAAUCUGCACAUUUUGGAUGUUGAAAAUGACUUAUCUAGUGUGAUUGCAGUGCAACACUACACUCCAGCUCUGUUCAAGUUUGUUAACAAUGUUGCCUUGGACUGCGUGCUCAUAGCUCGCAACGAAACUCCAAGUGUUAUCUCUUUUGCUGAUGAUGACUCUCAGGACUUCUCGGGAGCUAUAGCUGGAGCCGUGUCAGCAGUAUUAAUAGUUGUUCUUGUUGUUAUUGUUGUUGUUGGUUUAAUCGUUGGUCACAUCCGUUACAAGCGGAAACGGCCGAAUUACCCAACAGAACAAACAGAUACAUGUAGUGAAAGUGGAAAGGUGGUCGUUAUAGCAACUUCUCACAGCAGUCAACAAACACUUGCAAGUGUCAAGGUCGUCCACCCCCUGCUGUUAAAUAGACCGAGUGUGCAAGUGCAAGUAAACAACGAUAAUCCAACAAACACAUCCCCGAUUGUGGCUACUAACACAACCGCAACACAGGAGCAAGUUGGGAACGCAGACAGUGACUCACACACAAUGAGGGAAGUCCAUCAGAUGGGGGACAUCUUACCAGCUCCAUCCUCUCUCGGACUAAUCACCAAGGGGACAAAUGCAGCAACUAACUACAUAAAAAGAAAUCCAGAUCAUGGAGAGUGGUUGGAAAUGCCCAAACUGCAGCUGGGCGUUACUGAUAAUGAUCAAGGGAAGUGGGAGAAUCGCUCUGAAUCUGAAAGCAGCCACUCAAGUCUCGGCAAAGAUGAUAACAUGCCAUUGCUGAAGGAUUACUGAACUUGCAAGCUAAACGUUCACCCUAAACUUAUGCACUAUUCAUGUGUGCUGCUUGCAACAACUGUAACAGAACAAUUGGACCAGUAGGCCCUAGCGCUAGUGUGUUGUGUUUGUUGAGUGUGUGUUGUGCUCAACUAAUGAGCAUUCCUAAUAUAUGAGAUCAAGAGAAUCGA